AAGCCCAAUGUACAUCAUCACCGCGUCGGUCAAAGUGCGCGCAAGAUGACAGUUCGAGGCGGUGCUUUCAGGCUAUGCUUUAUUGCUCGGGAGGGGGACAUUACUGAGUCGGGCGUGGGAGUCAGGCAAUCUUUUCUAUUCUAUCUGGGUAAAUGAAAGCUGACAACUAGACCACUUUAUUGCAGCGUCCAUCACAGACUGUCUCGGGCAUCUUGCUGCGUCUAAAACUUUGAAUUGUGCCCCCUCGCCGAGGAGCACUCCAACCCGCUCGAAGAAGAACGACGGCCGGACAACGCUCAUCAUCGCGAAAUAUAGACGCAGGCAGCAUGUCCGCCCCCACAGACCCAGAGGUGAAGGAGCUGAACCCAGUCGACUUCAUCCAGCUACAGCAGUACAUUGACUACUGCACGCUGAAGGUUAAAGAUGUGCUGAGGGAAUUUGAUGCAGAUGGCAGGCUGGCCCAGCACAGACAUGGAGAGUGUAUCAAUGAGGAGGGCUUCCGUCUCUUCCUGAAGACCUAUCUGGAGGUGGAGGACUUCCCUAAGGAUCUCUGCCAGCGCCUCUUUCGAUCCUUCCAGAGCGGAACUGAACCUGACGGGCAGGACAAUGCUAAAGAGGUAUUUUUGAAGGACGUUUCGUGUUACUUCUCCCUGUUGGAGGAUGGCCAGCCCAGAGACAAGCUGGAGUUUGCUUUCAAACUGUACGACAGAGAUGGCAAUGGCGUCCUUGACAGCUCCGAGGUGGACCGGAUCAUUGCUCAGAUGAUGCACGCUGCAGAUUACCUUGGUUGGGAUGUGUCUGAGCUGAGACCAGUGCUGAAGGACAUGAUGACGGCCAUCGACGCAGACAGCAGUGGCACGGUCUCUCUGGAUGAGUGGGUGGAGGGAGGAAUGAACAACGUCCCCCUGCUGGUGUUACUGGGUCUGAAGAUGACUCAGAAGGAUGGGCAGCACCUAUGGAGGAUGAAGCAUUUCAACAAGCCUGUCUACUGCAACGUUUGUCAGAGCAUGCUGCUAGGACUAAGGAAACAGGGGCUUUGCUGCACCUGCUGUAAAUACACGGUCCAUGGACGCUGUGCCAACAUAAACCCAGCUCCCUGUACCAGGACCUAUGUCAAAUCUAAGAAAGACACAGGGGUUCCAACCCAUGACUGGGUCAGUGGGAACUGUGACUCUGGGAAGUGUGACAAGUGUCAGAAGAAGAUCAAGAGUUAUCACGGGCUGACGGGAAAACACUGUGUCUGGUGUCACUCCAUGCGCCAUGAUGACUGUGCCUCCCAGGAGCCCUCCGACUGUAACUGUGGACCUCUCAGAGACCAUAUCCUCCCCCCCUGGGCUAUAUACCCUGUUAUAAAGGAGAGGUCAAACAGCAUAAAGAACGGCUCCUCAAGCUCAGCCGACGACAGUGACCACAACACCACUCCUGAUGGACAGGUGCUUCAGAUUAAUCCGGUACCAGACACUCAUCCUCUUCUAGUGUUUGUGAACCCUAAAAGUGGAGGCAAGCAGGGAGAAAGAGUUCUGCGCAAAUUUCAGUAUUUGCUGAAUCCACGGCAGGUGUACAACCUCUCCAAUGGUGGACCUGGACCAGGGCUGUGCUUCUUCAGAUCUCUGAAGGAUUACAGGAUCUUGGUUUGCGGAGGGGACGGCACUGUGGGCUGGAUACUUGAUGCCAUAGACAAAGCCAAUCUUCAAGUGCGGCCACCUGUGGCUGUGUUACCCCUGGGCACAGGAAAUGACCUCGCACGUUGUCUUAGAUGGGGAGGAGGUUAUGAUGGGACAGAUCUGUGUCGUAUCCUGAAGGAGAUUGAGGUCAGCACCCCGGUGCUGAUGGACCGCUGGAAUGUAGAGGUGAUCCUAGAGGACCCCCAGGAGACAGGAGACCCUGUGCCUUAUGAGAUCAUCAACAACUACUUCUCCAUCGGGGUGGACGCCUCUAUUGCCCACCGUUUUCAUACGAUGAGAGAGAAACACCCCCAGAAAUUCAACAGCAGAAUGAAGAACAAGUUGUGGUACUUUGAGUUUGCCACCUCAGAGACCAUCUCUGCUUCGUGCAAGAAACUGAAUGAAUGUCUUACAAUUGAGUGCUGCGGCACCCCAUUAGACCUGAGUGGCCGUUCUAUGGAGGGGAUUGCUGUCCUCAACAUUCCCAGCAUGCACGGUGGAUCCAACCUGUGGGGAGAAGCCAAGAAGAGUGAAUGCAAGUGCUUGAUGAAUCCUCAGGAAAUACCUGUGGUUAUUGUUGACCCUGAAGUCUUGAAAGUCAGUGGACAAGACGUCAGUGACCGGCGUUUGGAGGUGGUUGGCCUCGAAGGGGCCAUGGAGAUGGGACAGAUAUAUACAGGAUUUAAGAGCGCUAUACGACUAGCAAAAACCUCCCAGAUCACAAUCAGGACGAAGAAACCUUUACCGAUGCAGAUAGACGGAGAGCCCUGGAUGCAGCCACCCUGUACGAUUCACAUCACACACAAGAACCAGGCCAGUAUGCUGAUGGCUCCCCAGGGCCGGUCCAGCUUCUUCAGCUCAAAGUAGUAGCCUGCUCCCCUGGCUUCAAGCUGUAACAUGGCUGGCCUGUAUACACUUGCUUAUUAUUGUACAUUUUGUUGAAGGCCCAGUGCAGUCAAAUGUGAUUUUCCUGUGUUUUAUAUAUAUUUCCUCUCUGAGGUUAGAGUAAUUAUUAUAAUGCAAAUUAUUAUAAUGUCGUUUUAGUGCAAGAGCUGUUUGAAGAGACUGCCUAACAUUUCUGCCUGUUUUGCUGUGAAGGAGUUUUGGCCAUGGUAGUAAGUUAGCGAAUAGACUGAUAAGAAAUAGUUCCAAACCUCUCUGUCAGUGUCAACAUAUGUGGUAAAGAGGUCAAUGGAAGUUGACCAAAACAAGGAAAAUGCCAUGGAAACGCGGUGGGGGGGAGAUCCUGAAAAAUUUGCCUACAUUUGCAUUUAUGCUAUUGUUUGUGUAUUUCACACUAUGUUGAGGUAGAAAUAGGAGUAUAAUUAUUGCAUGGAUGUCAACCCCAAUACAUGUUAAAUCAAAUCAUCUUCACCAAUCAAGUCAUCAAUCAACUUCAAUAUAGUUGAAAACAACUUUGAUUACCACCACUGAUUUCUGUGUGCUUCCAGCUUAUACCAACCGGAGUUAGCAUUUAGCAGUCACUUCUAAACCUGAAAAGGGACAACUUAUUGAUGUUAUGCAGCUAAAACAGCCAAACAUAUCCAAAUCAGACUUCAGUAACUUCAGUUGUGGGUCGGGCUGGGCGAGUUCCAUGCUUCCUCUGGAAGCAACGUCAGCAGAAGAACUGUUUCAUCGGGAGGUUCAUGAAAUGGGUUUCCAUGGGCGAGCAGCCUAAGAUCAAAAUGCGCAAAGCCAAGCGUCGGCUGGAGUGGUGUAAAGCUCGCCACCAUUGGAGCAGUGGAAAUGCGUUCUCUGAAGUGAUGAAUCACACUUCCCCAUCUGGCAGUCCGACGGACUAAUCUGGGUUUGGCAGAU